CUGCAGGCGCCCGAGUUCACAUUUCUGCGGUCCGACACGCAUACACAAGAGGUCAUACACCCGCCAAGCUCGCCAGCCAGUAUGAAUGACGGUCACGGAGCUGACUACCUGAGCGCAAGCGACGCCCACUCACCCUCGGGCGGCUCUCGUACCCGGCGCCUCUCCGAUGUGCUCCGUCCAUCCCGGGGCUCUUCGGUGUCGAGCAGGAACAGCAGCAACACGCCGGACAGGCCCUCAGUCGGCCGGCGUCUUUCGCAGCGCCUGCAUCUGUCGAGAUCCCCAGCGAGUUCCGAGAACGUUCCGGUCGACCUCCCCGAGAUCACCACGACCACGGCCGACCAGGGCGCCGACAGAGAUAUUACUGAGUUGCAGUGGGAGAAGCGUGCUACGAUCCUCGCCAACACCGCCAACGAGAACGAGAUGCUGCACCGAAGCGGUCCCCCCUCGCCGGCGGCUCGAAUGAGCCCGGCUAUUGAGAAGGAUGGCUUUGCGAGUUUGCGUGCCGUCAAUGAUGGGACUGGGGCAGACCCGCAGAAUGGUGUGGCCAGCACACCAGGCAUCGAUAAGAACAUACAAGAGGCGAUACGCCUGCACGAGGAGGGAGACUUGCGGCAGUCUACUAGAUUGUUUGGUGUCCUGGCGGAUCCUAAUGGGGCAAAUAAUCCGCUGAGCCAGGUUCUUUAUGGCCUUGCUUUGAGGCAUGGUUGGGGCUGUGAACCCGAGCCUGAAAGGGCAAUCUUCUUCCUUUCAGCGGCUGCGAAGAAUGCUGCUGAUGUCGAGAGCCUGGCUUUGCAGGCUGGUUUGAAAAAGGGAGGUGCGGCAAAGGGAGAGCUGGUCCUGGCAAUAUUUGAAUUGGCCAACUGCUUUCGUCACGGCUGGGGCAUCGAAAAGGAUCCCCUCGCUGCCAAGCAAUACUACGAAACAGCCGCGAACCUGGGUGACACUGACGCGAUGAACGAGGUCGCCUGGUGCUAUCUGGAGGGCUUCGGCUGCAAAAAAGACAAGUAUGCUGCAGCUAAGUACUACCGGUUGGCCGAGAAGAAUGGAAACAAGACAUUGGGCAAUUCUUGGAUUUGGAAGGAGAAGUACGGCCCG